AUGGCAGAAGAAAAUUUUGAACAAGGAAUUUUAUCGAUUAUGAUAUUUAUCACACUAAAUACAAUAGGAUUCGACCGUGAGUGGAUAUUGCACAAAUCUAAAGUUGUUACAAAAUAUUUCAAACAUUCCUUAAGAAUAAUCGAGCAUUUAAAUCCUCAAAUCGACUGCGAAUGUGUUGGAAGCGCGGCAGAAGGUGUUUCAUUAUCAGACAGUGACUGUGAUUGUAUGAUUAUCAUGAAAGACACCUUUUGUGUAGAUACAGCUUAUAUAUGUAAAGGUUUCAAUGUUCUUGAAACUGAUUAUACUAAUGCUGCCCCUGGAUACGUAAAACUUGUUUUCUUGCAUGGCGAUGAAGACAGUCCAAUAUGUGUGUACCUACAGCAGUCAGAACUUUAUAAGACACGUCUAGGAAGUUCGUAUAUAUCAAGCCCAAUAUUUAUGAAUUUCUUAAUACAAAACUUACAGACACUAAUUAAAAUUAUUUUCCCACCUUUUAUUUCUAAAUUGACUUCAAAUGGCCCAGCAAUUACAUCUGGUAGUAAUGAUAAUGCAUUAGCCAUUUAUUUUUACGGGGGCUGCCAUUUAAACAACUUGUCAAAAAGACUAAGAUAUUAUCAUUGGCCUUCAGUCAGCUUGAUACAAGAAAUUACAAGUAUGGAAGGAUACGUUGUUCCUGUUGGUCAUAAAUUCAGUGAUAGUCAGAAUAUUGAAUGGCGCGUUUGCUACACGACCGCAGAAUUGAAAUUAAUAAAAUCUCUGACUGAUGUCCAGUUGAAAUUCUAUGUACUUCUUAAAUGUGUUGCGAAGGAAAUUGUAAAAAAAAAUUGUAAAGACAUAACUUCAUACAUUGUGAAAAAUGUUGUAUUCUGGAUUGUAGAAACUGAACCGGAACAAGCGUUUACCCCAACUCAUUUGGUCAAACUGUUGAAGAAGGCGAUAAUGUUUAUCAAAUACUGUUUACAAAACAAUCAUCUUCCAAACUAUAUGAUCCCAGAACGUAACCUGAUACGUGAGAAUAUGAAUGGAAAGGAAAAACGCAAAAUAAUAAAAGAUUUAAAAGAAUACGAAGAUUUUGCAAUACUAUUAGGCAAGGUCCCAAAAUUGUGUCAGUGCAUGAGCUUUGUAUACCAAAUAUUUGAACUUCCUCAAAUAAACCUUUAUAAGGAAUGGAGAAAACAAGUAGGACGUUGCCUACAGGCAAUGGCUUUAUGUAAAGUUGAAAAGGUACAGUUAAAUAUGCUAUCCAAGAGAACAGUUCAUAUGGACAUGACCUGGGAAUUUUUCAAAGAUAUAAGGUUUUGGCCGAUAAUGACCACACUUUUGGAUUUGACAGUUCCAGACUGGAUGGAUCUGGCUAUGUGGUGGAGCAUUGAACACAUGUUACAAUUGUUUUUGUCUAGAAUAAACGCAUGCCCGUGUCUGUAG